UUCAAAUAAUUUCGGUACAAAAUUUUGGGUUUUCCUUUCGAUUUGUGAACUUUUUGCUUAUGUGAAUGGGAUUGACGACAUAUUUUGUUUGAAUUACAGAUUUUUUGUUGAAAAGCUAGCUGGAAAGGCUUUUUAAAGAAAAUGUAUAAUUCGAAUGCAAUAGGUUCCUGUCCACAGGAAGGGUGCAACUGCUCCCGCUGUUGCUUCCUUAGGCAAAAGUCUUAUGCACAUCGAAUGGCAAGCCACACGGACAAAUCCUCUAAAAACGGACAGAUGUCUUCUAAAAAGACAACGAAAUGUUACUGUAGAGCAACACGAACAUUAACUGUUUUUCCGAUUAAAUGUAAUGAUUUAUCAAAUUCUAAGGACACUAACGCAAUGAAAUGUGCAAAUAUUUACACUGAAAGUAUAGUCCAUAAAUCAUCUGAAUCUCCGUGUAAAAAUCCAUCUGUUGAUAUUAAAAUUGAAAACACGAGAGAGAUGGAAUUUCAAAGCAUCGCUUCGAAUGCGGCAUCAUCAGAGCCCGCCUUACCUCUAACAGUUCCCAGCGAAAACUUAGUGGAGGAUGCUGAAAGAAUAGGAUCUCUGUCAUCACAUCUAACAGCUCUAAACGAAGAAAAAGUGGAGACCAUUACGAGCAUAAGGAGUAUGUCGGCACCACCGAUAGAUCUAACAAAUGGAACCGCUUUAAGAAUAGGGUCUAAGUCGUCUGGUCUAACAGAACCAAACGGAGAGGUGGUGCAGGCCGGCUCGAAAAAGGGGUCGUCGAAGUCGUCCGGUCUAACAGUUCCUAACGGAGAAAUAUUUCCCAUAUCAAGAAUGCAGUCCAAGACGUCAGAGCCAGUAGAAUCUACAAAAGGAUCAGAGGAGGUCGCUUCAAGAAUGGGGUCUAAGUCGUCUGAUUCAACAACGCUUAACGGAGAGUUGGUGAAAGGCGCUUCGUAUUAUGUUACAGCUUCAGAAGGGUUAAUAGAGAUUGAUUCAGAAAUUGGUUCAAAGUUGACAACUCUAAAGGCUCUUGGUGAUAAAACAGAGAAGACCGAUUCCGUAAUUUGGUGUAAGUCGUCACCAACAAAAGCUUGCCAUGGAAAAAUAGUGGAGACAACUGCGGGAACGUUCUCGUGUUCGUCACCGCCAAGAGAGUCUACUAAAGGAUCAGCUGAGCUAGCAUCGAGAACGUACUCGCAGUCGUCACCUCUAAUAAUUCCUAAAGAACGACGAGCAGACACUAACUCAGCAAACCGAAGUAGGUUGAUUCCUUCAACAACUUCCAACAGAGAGUCGGUAGAGGUCAAUUCCAAAAGUGGCUGUAAAGCGUUGCCGCUGUCCAACAGAUGUUUCUGUUCGGCACCUCGCAAAGGUAGAUUGGAGACAUCUGACAAAAAAUCAAGAAGUGAUGCAAAGCCGCAGUUUAACAGUCGAUCGAACGCUUUGGAAUCCUUGAAAAGAUCUACCCGAGAGCCUCCAACAAUGGCAACACAAAAACCAAUCAAAUCAAUCAAUAAUAAUAAUAAUAAUAAGCCUACAGCAUUUGGCAAUAAUUUAAAACUUUUCGAAGAUCUAAAGCGCUAUUUAAAUGAGAAAUGUUUUUGUGGGUUUCCUUUCAACUCCAAGUCAUUAAAGCAACCACAAAAAUCCGAAGAAAUCAAGCCAAAACACAAUAAAUCGAAGAGUGAGCAGCUAGCGAAGAUUAAACCCAAGACGAAGCCCAAGAAACUGAAGAAGAAAGCUCCUCAAUCUCUUCCCCCUUCUGUGCCGACUACCGAGCCACCAGCAAAGCCUGGUCCGAUGACUGAUAUGUGCUUUGAAUGCAAUGUGCCUAUGAGAGUUUGCAUCCCCAUUUCCAAAUGUAUUGAAUGUUUUUGUAACAUGGGUACGAAGCUUUUCGCAACAAGCGAUAUGACGAAGCUACAGCCUGAUCAAUGUGCCGGGGCCUUGGUUAAGGCAGCUGACCACAUGUCCUCUCCUGCACCAUCGAUUGAGUCGGCUUGCAAAUUGUGCAUCACAUUGUGUCCGGUGGGAUGCUGUUCACUUACUAUGCCGCUUGGAGGUAUAACUCCUACUGCACCGCCCCCUGCUGCUGCAGACCCAUCUCCAGACCCAACAAAUCUUGCAAAGAAGGAGAAGCCCAAGUCGACUGUCUCAGAGAAAGCUUUGAAGAAAAAGAAAAAAGUAGUGAAACCUAUAGAAUUACCGAGGCAACCAAAGGAUAUACCAAGGCAACCAAGGGAAAUACCAAUUCAACCGAAGGAGUUCAGAAGGCAACCGAAGGAAUUUACAAUGAUGAAAACAUAUCCAGUAUAUUAG